AGCCAUCCUUGCUUCCAUUGCACCUCCAAAGUACACACUCCCCUCGAAACCUCGACCACGAUGCCUCCUCGAAAGAAACCGAAGCUCGCGACUCAGUCCGAAUCCUCAACCACUCCCGUCAAUGAAAGCGCAGCGCAGCCAAACGCGGAUUACGACCCCGUCACGGACCCGUGGACCGACGAACAAGAGACGGCCUUGUUGAAGGGGAUAAUCAAAUGGAAGCCUGUCGGCAUGCACAAGCAUUUUCGCAUGAUCGCUAUCUCGGAGUUUAUGAAGAGCCAAGGAUAUGCGCCCUCCCACGCGGAACAUACUCGAAUACCCGGAAUCUGGAAGAAACUCGGGACGCUAUACAAUCUUCCUGCGCUUGAUGAGCGGGAGGACUCGUUGAUCACCGACACAUCCGAUGACGUCGAAAAUUCUAAAGAGCUAUACUGUCCAUUCGACCUUCCCGAGGAUGAAUAUGGUGAAUUGAUGUUUGAAAGGCGACUAGCAAUGGAAGGCUCCGUGUCUCCCGCUCACAGUCCCCAUGCUGAAUCUAGGCGAGGCAGCACCGUGGCGGAUACAGACGAGCCUCGAUCCUCUCCGGUCCCGUCGCGAGGUAGAAAGCCAGGCCGUGGUGGUCGUCCAUCUACGCGUGGCACACGCUCGUCGCGACUCCACGUGGAGGUUGAACCAAGGAGGAAGAGAUCCGGCACUGGUGAGGAGGAGGGAGACUCUGAAGAAACCGCUGCAAAUGAUGAUGGUGAUGAGGAAGGUACAGACGGCGCGAAGGACGAUAGUGAGGGGGAGGACGAAGGCGACGAAGGCGGAGGAUCUCCCACUACGAGAAGUACGCGUGCCCAAACAUCCCGGUCGAAACAGAAGGGAAGAGGCGCGCCAACGGGACCAAGAAGAGGCUCUCGGAGGCGCUAGCGUAAACGCGUUUCCAAGCUCUGUUUUCUUCUCUUCUUGUUUCUUUUCUUUCCCAUGAUACCUUGGCGCACAUGAGGGUGGCGUUUUCUGUAUUUUCUGGAUCUCAUUAUCGCGGCUAAGGCGUAUCCUGUGUUUACCGAUGCGUUUCAAGCACAAUCAAUAUUACUCAAUUUUCUUGCAAAU